ACACCCUUAUGAUCAUCGUCCAUCGACAGUAAUGAGCGGAAAACUCAAACGGCGCAUCGUUUAUUGACUUCAACAUCUUCCCAUCAUUUCAUAUAUGAAUUAAGGCUUUGCAGAGGCAGAAAGCAUACGGCUUUGAAAUAUUUGAUAGUCAGCAAUAAGCAAUGGAGAGGCAGGUGGCCAUUAUCGGAGCCGGCAUCAGUGGCCUCCUGGCUUGCAAGUACACCUUGUCAAAGGGUCUCCAUCCGAUCGUUUUCGAAGCCAAAAGCACCACUGGAGGAGUAUGGACUAAAACCAUAGAGACCACUAAGCUCCAAACUCCAAAACCAGCUUAUCAGUUCUCAGAUUUUCCAUGGCCUUCUUCUGUGGAGGAAGAUUUCCCUAACCAACAUCAAGUGUUUGAUUAUAUUCAAUCCUAUGCUCGCCAUUUUGAUUUGCUUCGGCAUAUCAAAUUCAACACCAAAGUUGUCAGCAUCGAAUAUGAAGGCCCUUCUGAGGAACAGAUGCAAUCUUGGAGCAUGUGGGGUGGCGCUGGUGAGCCAUUGAUUAGCUCUAAAGGGAAAUGGAAGGUUGUAGUAGAGGAUUCCCCUACUCUCUCCACUGAGGUGUACCUAGUGGACUUCGUGAUCCUCUGCAUCGGAAGAUUCAGUGAAGUUCCAAACGUUCCAGAAUUCCCUCCAAACCAAGGCCCAGAAGUAUUCCAUGGCAAGGUGAUACACUCCAUGGACUACUCUGCCAUGGAUUGUCAAACUGCUGCAGAAUUGGUCAAAGGGAAGCAAGUCACUGUUGUGGGGUUACAAAAAUCUGCCUUGGACAUUGCCAUGGAAUGCUCAAUAGCUAAUGGAACUGAACAUCCAUGUACUGUAUUAUACAGGACUGAACAUUGGACUGUCCCUGAUUACCUUCCAUGGGGUGUGCCUCUUGCUUAUUUUUACCUUAAUCGCUUCUCAGAGCUAUUGGUUCAUAAGCCUGGUGAAGGCUUCCUAUUAAGUCUUGUGUCAACAGUUCUUUCUCCUUUGAGAUGGGCAUUUUCUAAAUUCGUUGAAAGCCAUAUAAAGAAGAAGCUUGGGUUGGCAAAGCAUGGAAUGGUACCAAAACACAGCUUCCUUCAAGAAAUCAGUUCUUGUUUGCUCUCCACAGUGCCAGAAAAAUUCUAUGACAAAGUUGAAGAGAGAAGCAUUAUUUUGAAAAAAGCUUCGAGUUUCAGCUUCUGCAAAGAAGGUGUUUUGGUUAAUGGCGAGGUGCAACCUCUGAAGACUGAUUUGGUCAUCUUGGCUACUGGGUUCAGGGGUGAUCAAAAGCUCAAAGAAAUUUUUGUGUCCACCACCUUUCAGGACUAUAUUGCCGGCUCUGCCAAUGCAACAGUUCCCCUCUACAGGGAGUGCAUUCAUGCAAGAAUUCCACAACUAGCAGUGAUUGGAUUCUCGGAAAGUGUAUCAAACUUGUACACAUCAGAGAUGAGAUGCCGGUGGCUAGCGGAGCUUCUUGACGGCACAUUCAAGCUGCCGUGCAUUAAAGAGAUGGAAAAAGAUGUGGUGAAUUGGGAUAAAUACAUGAAGACAUACUCCGGCCAAUACUACAGGAGAUCCUGCAUUGGUGCUCUUCAUAUAUGGUACAACGAUCAACUCUGCAAAGACAUGGGAUGGAACCCCAAAAGAAAGAAGGGAUUCAUCGCUGAAUUGUUUGAGCCUUAUGGUCCAAUGGACUACACCGCAACCUCUUAAGUCGGUGUGAAAUGUUUGAAAUUAUAUUUUUAUUUCAUAAUUAUUUUAUAAUGUUGAUAUAACAGUCCCAACCAACUUUUAUAUCAAUAAAUGUUUUAAAAAAUAAUAAAUAAAUUGAACUGUUAGUUAGGACUACCACAUCAACAUUGUGUGAUAAUUGUGGGAUAAAAAUGUAGUUUCUAGCAUUACAUUAAAGUCAACCCUAGAACGGGUUCUAAACCAUGAGUUGUCAAUCAU